AUGGGAGGCUCGCAGCCAUGGCCACAAGUUCCGGUCGGGAAUAAAGACCACACUGAUGCUGCAGUUGUCAUCAUCGGAGCAGGUAUCUCUGGCAUGUGUAUGGCAAUCGACCUCAUUAAGCGCAAUCAAUGCCACAACUUCAUCAUCGUAGAGAAAAGUUCCAGUGUCGGCGGAACAUGGCAUGACAACAAGUACCCAGGUUGCUGUUGCGAUGUUUGGAGCAUGUUGUAUAGUUAUUCGUUCGAACAGAAUCCGGAUUGGACGAGAGAAUACCCUGGACAGGAGGAGAUACUUGACUAUCUUCGAAACGUAGCUCGCAAGUACAACCUUUACAAGUACAUCCGCUUCAAUACUUCUGUCGAAGCCGCGACGUGGGACGAUUCGAAGAAUCGCUGGAAGGUCGACGUUAAUGUGACUGGUGGUAAAGACGCCGAGUUCAACCCCGCUUAUAGCAUCGAGUGCGACUUCCUAGUCUCAGCUGUUGGUCAGUUGAACCAGCCACGAUACCCGGAUAUCGAGGGUUUGGAGAACUUCAAGGGCAAGAUUAUGCACUCAGCGCGUUGGGAUUGGAGCCACAGGCUUGAGGGCAAGAGUGUAGGCAUCAUCGGCAAUGGUGCAACAGCUGCUCAGAUCAUACCCGAAAUCUUACCACAAACUUCCUCUUUGACAAUCUACCAACGAUCCCCAAACUGGGUCAUCCCGCGCCUCGAUGGCCCUGUCAGUGCCUUCAAACGUGCGAUAUUGCGCUAUCUCCCUCCUGUCCGCUGGCGCAUCCGUGCUAGCAUGAUGGACUUCCGCGAGUCUUUCUACGAUGCUGUAACGGACAGCAACAGCGAGUUCGCAGAAGUGAUUCGAAGCAGCUGCAUGGAAAUGAUGAAGACGCAAAUUCCCAACCAGCCCGACCUCUGGACUAAGCUCACCCCAGACUACAGCCCAGGCUGUAAGCGCGUCAUCAUAACCGACGAUUACUACCCGGCCAUCGCCAACCCCAAAACAACCCUCGAAACAAACAAAAUCCGUCGUAUCACAGAAACCGGUAUCGAACUCGAAGACGGCACACACCACACCCACGACACUAUCGUCCUCGCGACCGGCUUCCGCACGGUCGAGUUCCUGCAUCCCAUCAAAAUAACGGGAACGCAAUCCCGCCCUCUAGCAGAAAUCUGGUCCUCUGGCGCCACAGCCCUUUACGGAACGACCAUUCCUUCCUUGCCCAACUUCGGUCUCUUCUACGGCCCAAACACAAACCUAGGCCACAACUCCAUCAUCCUGAUGAUUGAAGCACAGUCGCGAUAUCUCAACACGCUCGUCUCUGCAGUACUGGAUGCGCGGAACAGGGGGCAGAGGAUGGGUAUCAUGCCUAAAGGAGAUAGGACGCAUGAGUGGAAUGAGGGGAUUCAGCAGGUGUUGAAGAAUAGUUCUUUUGCAGACCCAAAGUGCCAAAGUUGGUAUAAAAACAAGGAGGGGAGAAUCACUAAUAACUGGUCGGGGACUGUGAUUGAGUAUCAGGAGGUCCUGGCGAAGGUGGAUUGGGAGGAUUUUGAAACCACGGCUAACGGUGGGAGUGCCGCGCAUUCUGAUGAUGGGGUGAUGGUGGAGAAGGCUACUCCUGCUGCAGGUGUUAGUGCGAGUAAAGUUGUUUUCGGAACAGGGAAGCAGGAGACGAAGAUAGGAAGAGUGCAUGAGGAAACGCUGGUGAGUAAUACUACGUUGGUGCUUGGUACCUUGAGCGCGGUUGCUGCGGGCGCGGCGUGGAUGUAUCGGGGUAAGCUGCCCCAGAGACUAGGGCUACGGGCUUAA